AGUCAGUUAAAUUAGAACAAGUUUUUUCUGCUUUGAGUGUUUCAGAGUUGGACAUGUGUCUUACUGAGGUGGCUAACUAUGAUGCGUGCAGUUUAUCAAAGCAACAAACAAACAAUCGGAAAAUCCCCGUUACUGAGGUGGCUAACCAUGAUGCGUGCAGUUUAUCAAAGCAACAAACAAACAAUCGGAAAAUCCCCGUUACUGAGGUGGCUAACUAUGAUGCGUGCAGUUUAUCAAAGCAACAAACAAACAAUCGGAAAAUCCCCGUUACUGAGGUGGCUAACCAUGAUGCGUGCAGUUUAUCAAAGCAACAAUCAAACAAUCGGAAAAUUCCUGUCGUAUCAAUUCCUAGAUAUGGUCGUAACUAUACUAAAUGCACUGGGCAUAAUAAACACAACAUUAUUAAUAUUGCUACUACGGAUAAUUUGAUCAAAAAUUCCCUGAAACAGCCCACUACCUAUAAUAUAGGUUUUUUAAACAUAAGAUCAUUGUCUCCUAAAACGUUGUUAGUUAAUGAUAUUAUCAGAGACAACAAUCUUAACGUCAUCGGUCUCAGCGAAACCUGGCUUAAACCAAACGACUUUUUUGCGCUAAAUGAGGCAUGUCCUCCUAACUUUACACAUGCGCAUAUUGCCCGUCCGCUUAAAAGGGGUGGGGGGGUCGCACUAAUAUACAACGAAAACUUUAACCUUAGUCCUAACAUAAAUAAUAAAUAUAAAUCGUUUGAGGUGCUUACUAUGAGGUCUGUCACACCGCUGCCUCUACACCUGGCUGUUAUCUACCGCCCCCCAGGGCCCUAUUCGGACUUUAUUAAUGAAUUCUCAGAGUUCGUUGCUGAUCUAGUGACACACGCCGAUAAUAUAAUCAUAAUGGGGGACUUUAAUAUCCAUAUGAAUACCCCAUCGGACCCACCGUGCGUAGCGCUCCAGACUGUAAUUGAUAGCUGUGGUCUCACACAAAUAAUAAAUGAACCCACGCAUCGCAACGGUAAUACAAUAGACCUAGUGCUUGUCAGGGGCAUCACCGUUUCCAAAGUUACGAUACUCCCGUAUACUAAAGUAUUGUCCGAUCAUUACCUUAUAAAAUUCGAGGUUCAGACGCAUGUUCGUCAAACUAAUAAUAAUAAUAACUGCUAUAGCAGCCGCAACAUUAAUACAGCCACAACGACAACUCUUGCUGACCUACUGCCCUCGGUAAUGGCACCAUUCCCAAAGUAUGUGGGCUUUAUUGAUAACCUCACUAACAACUUUAACGACGCCCUGCGCGAAACCAUUGAUAACAUAGCACCGCUAAAGUUAAAAAAGGCUCCAAAAAAGCGCACCCCGUGGUUUACAGAAGAAACUAGAGCUCAGAAAUUAUUAUGUAGAAAGCUGGAACGCAAAUGGCGCACGACUAAACUUGAGGUGCACCAUCAAGCAUGGAGUGAUGGUUUAAUAACUUAUAAACGCAUGCUUACCUUAGCUAAAGCUAAAUAUUACUCAAAUCUCAUCCACCGUAAUAAAAACGAUCCUAAAUUUUUGUUUAGUACGGUAGCAUCGCUAACCCAACAAGGGACUCCUUCCAGUAGCUCAACCCACUCAGCUGAUGACUUUAUGCAAUUCUUUAGUAAGAAAAUUGAAGUCAUUAGAAAGGAGAUUAAAGACAAUGCGUCCCAGCUACAACGGAGUUCUAUUAACUGACACGAUUGUAUAUACGGCGGAUACUGCCCUCCAAAAUAGUUUCUCUCGUUUUGAGGAAAUAACAUUAGAGGAAUUGUUACAACGUGUAAAUGGAAUAAAACAGACAACAUGUUUACUUGACCCUCUUCCUGGGAAACUGAUCAAGGAGCUCUUUGUAUU